AAGUUUGAAACUUUUCUUAGUGGUGACAGGUGAGCUGAGCUCCAAAGUUUGAAACAUGACACUAUCUCUCACCCUUUUUACUCGCAAAUCACAAUCCUAAUAGUUCCCUUCGCUGUCUCAUUGCAUAAAAUAUUGAAUUCAGAAUAGAGAGGGAGCAUAACUAUUUGCAGGGAAAGCAGAUUCACUCUCUGUUUCACACACUCUCUCUCUGUAGAUUUCGUUUGAGUGUUCAAAGUUUGUACCUUUAUCGUCCCCACUGAAUAGUUCGAGACACUAAGGGGUAUCACCCGACCAUAUCUGUGCCCCAAUCAUGCCUUCAGGUGCUAAGAAGAGAAAAGCUGCCAGAAAAAAGAAGGAAAAGGAAAGCAUCACCAACAACCCUCAGGGAAAUAAUGGCUUAAAGUCCCAAGAUGAGAAAGGAAGUGAUGGCGGCGAGGGUGGUUCGACUGCAUAUCAUGAACAUGAUGAGCAUCAUCAUACAUUCAAUGAUGGGAGUGGAGAGGUGGAUAAGAGAGACCCAUCAGCUGCUCAAUCACAUGCUUAUGAUGUCAAGUCCAUGCAAGAAGUCCCUAGUGAUGUUAAGAUUGACCAAGUGUCUGGAGGAAAGGAAGGUAAUGUUGUUUUGGUAGAGAGAGGUUUGAAAUCUGAGGAGAGUUCUGGGAGAAAAAGUGUUAGUUUUGAGCAUGUUGAGGCUGCCCAGGAAUCACAUUACGUGAAUGGGAACGGUGGCGAUACUUCAAAAGGUGAAUCCCUCACUGAGAAAAACUCAAAGGAUGAGAAUUGUAAAGAGGAAGCUGCAUAUCAUGAGUUAGGUAAGUCCAUUGAUUCUUCCAUUUCCAAAAUGACUUCAAAUUCGAUUAAUGAAAAUGGACCGGUUGAGAAGUCUGUCAAUUCAGUCAAGGCCAUGGCUUCUGUGUCUGAGGUAGAAAAUAGUGAUACUGGAAGUGUAUUACUAGAGAAGCCAGUAGUCCAUCCUGUGGAAGUGAUCAAUGCUGCUAUGAAGAUAAAUAAGGAUUCCUUAAUUAAUGAGACUGUGACAAAAUCAAAUAUGGAAGAACCUAAGCCUGAGGAAUAUGAAAGUAAAGUGUUAGAUUCACGUUCUGCUUCUCCUUUCACUAAGUUUUCUAAUGGUGCAGAACAUAUUAAGGAUUCUGAGACUGCAGAAUUCUCUGAAGAUCAGCUUUGUGUAGCAUCAGAUCCAAAUGUGGUGCAAAAGACCUCUUGGUUGAGUUGCUGUGGAUUGUUUGAAGCUCUGUCAAGUUCCAAUAGAUAAUUUCAGAAAUACAAGCACGAGUAUCUCAACUGAUGGGUCAAACUUGUGAAGACUAAGAAGGAGUUCGUUGAGAAUUUUCUGAUAUUUUGAUAUACAUUGUCUCGUUUAAUAUUUUAAAAAAUAUAAUGGGCAAAAUCCAUAUGAAACCAUUUACAUUACAGUGAGGUUUGUAGUUAUUCUAUUAGCAACAAUUACAGCUCAAUACCAAUAUUUCAAACUGAUUUUUUUAAUUCUGCAAUAUGAAUUUUUGAUUCUGCGAUAUUCUAGAAUCAUCCUAAAGAU